UGUCCUCACCUGUCCCCCCCCAUCCCCUGGCACAGGUGAAGUUCAUGAAGAGCAAGCCGGGCGCGGCCAUGGUGGAGAUGGCCGAUGGCUACGCCGUGGACAGGGCCAUCACCCACCUCAACAACAACUUCAUGUUCGGCCAGAAACUCAACGUCUGCGUGUCGAAGCAGCACGCCAUCAUGCCGGGGCAGUCCUACGGGCUGGAGGACGGCUCGUGCAGCUACAAGGACUUCAGCGGCUCGCGGAACAACCGCUUCUCCACGCCCGAGCAGGCGGCCAAGAACCGCAUCCAGCACCCGUCCAACGUGCUGCACUUCUUCAACGCGCCCCUCGACGUCACCGAGGAGAACUUCUAUGAGAUCUGUGAUGAGUUGGGGGUCAAACGUCCCUCCUCGGUCAAGGUGUUCUCAGGCGAGCGCAGCUCCUCGGGGCUGCUCGAGUGGGACUCCAAGAGCGACGCGCUGGAGACCCUCGGCUUCCUCAACCACUUCCAGAUGAAGAACCCCAACGGGCCGUACCCCUACACGCUCAAGCUCUGCUUCUCCACGGCUCAGCACGCCUCGUAACGGGACCCCAAACCCCCCACACCCCCUUUUUUAG